AUGAGAGCCCCAACAACGACUGUGUUGGCUUCUAUUGCCACUUUGGCAGCCGCUGCCCAAAAUGAACGUACAUUCGCAGUCCUUCGAUUCGAUGGUGACGGGUUCAUGACCGAAGGCAGGGUAGAUCCCAUUAUCAAUCCCGGAACGGCUGCUUCUCACUUCCACGGAAUCAUGGGUGGAAAUGCCUUUGGGACCACUGUCGUCGGCGACCAACUUCUUUCCUCGACCUGCACCAAUGCCAAGAUCAAGAACGACAAGAGCAACUACUGGGCUCCUCAGGUGUAUUUUCAGGACCCCAAGAACGGGACUUUCACCAAAGUGCCUUUGUUCUACAUGAACGUCUACUACUUCUUCGAACCAACAGAUGACGAGAUCAAGUCUUUCCCUCCGGGGCUGAAGAUGGUAGUUGGUGACGCCAAGACCCGCGAUCCUCCUGCGUUCGGUGGUGGAAGCAACCUGAACCCCGAUUCCGGGCCUAUCCAACCUGUCCAGUUCACCUGCCCACGUACCAGCUAUAACCCGCCUUCUUAUCCCGCAGACUCGGAUGGAUCCAUGGCAGGCAUGCAAGAUCCGCAUAACCAGGGUGCCGGUGCUGGUUUCCCUCUUUACCCUUGUGACACCAGCGGCGCGCCUCUCCGAGCGGAUAUCCAUUUCCCCUCAUGCUACAACCCCGAGGUCGGGCUCGAGGAUUACAAGAAUAACAUGGCUUGGCCCACAGUCACAAACGGCAAGCAGAACUGCCCGUCCGGUCACAUCCACGUUCCUCACAUCUUCUUCGAGCUGUACUGGAACACGCCCAAGUUCGAUCAUCUGUGGACACCUGACGGCAAGAACCAGCCUUUCGUACUGGCCAACGGUGACCGCACUGGGUUUAGCUCUCACGCCGAUUUCAUAUCUGGAUGGGAUGAGACCACGCUUAAGACCAUUAUUGAUACGUGUAACGUUGGUUCCAUUGGUAUGCAAACUUGCCCAGAUAUCCCUGGCGGCUUGAACACCGACAUGAACUGUAAAAUCGACUCGCCCAUUGUGGAAACCCUCAGUCUUGAGGGGCCCCUCUUGGCGCUUCCUGGAAAUAACCCAGUGUCUGGCUGGGGCGUGAAUGGCGACUCCAGCGGCAGCGGCUCCUCCGACGAUGCUGGGUCGUACCCGGCGUCAGGUACCGUUCAGCAGUCAACCGCCAAAGCAACUUCAGCAGGCUCUCAAGCAACAUCCAAUACAGCCAUUUCUGAUGCCCAAACGAGCAGCCCUGCAGAAGUCUCCGUAGGGCACAGUGUUGGUCUUGGCGGCCAGAAGGGCAAGGCUCCCUCCACGUCUGAACUGCCCGAGGCCGUUGGUAACUACGCCACCACUGGAACGGUGGUGGCAGCCGAUCAACCGUCGAUUCCGGCCGCUGCUAAUGGCCCUGCGGUUUCUACCGUCUGGGACAUCGUCACCGUGACCCAGACUCAAACUGUUUACGCCGAGGCAAGCGCGCACGUCAAGAGACAGAACCAUGGACACCUGGCUCGUCACCGCCGAUCUGGUCACUUGGGAAGAUCAUGA